AUGAGCAUCAAACGGUUAGCAUGUGCAUUCGCUUUACAGCAAUCUAGCAACCAAUGGGUAAAUACGGCAACCAGAACGAUGUGUUCGAAACCGAACCAGCGGCAGGCAGAGUUGAUGGCUAGAAGCUUACCGAAAAGAAUGCCACUUCCCGGCGUCCAGCACAUAGUCGUAGUUUCAUCCGGCAAGGGAGGUGUGGGCAAGACAACAACGGCAGUUAAUCUGGCCGUUACAUUGGCCCGUCACGGUAAGACGGUGGGUCUGUUGGAUGGUGACAUAUUUGGUCCCUCGGUGCCCAGAAUGAUGAACGUUAGCGAAGCACCGCUGGUGGAUGAACACAACCGGAUGGUUCCGCCGAUUAAUUACGGCGUAAAGUGUUUAUCGAUGGGUUUGCUGGUUGACACUGGACCGGUUGUUUGGCGUGGCCCACUCGUUAUGUCUGCCAUCCAGCGGCUACUGAAGGGUGCCGUCUGGGGACCGCUGGAUAUUCUCGUCGUCGACACACCACCCGGCACCGGUGAUGUGCAUCUUUCGCUCAGCCAAAACGUACCGAUCGAUGGAGUGGUGCUGGUCAGUUCACCCCAAGCAGCUGCCCUGGAUAUUACCAAAAAAGGUGCCCAAAUGUAUCGUACGUUGCAGGUCCCGUUGAUUGGAUUGGUGGAAAACAUGAGCCACGUCGUGUGUGACCAGUGUUCGAACCUGAUCGAAUUUGCGGACAAUUUAAUUGACCGGUACGUGCAGGAACUGUCGGUUGAAGUGCUGGCGCGUGUUCCGAUCGAGAAGGACGUUAUGCGGUGUAGUGACGCUGGUACGCCGGUCUGUUUGAAGUUUCCCGAUUCUCAACUUGCCAAAGCGUACGAUACGAUCGCAAUCAAAGUGAUUGAGUUUUUAGCUACUAAGCCAUUUGUUAAUGACCGCCGUCCUGCGUAA